GCACCUCCCUUUCGUGAAUGGUGCCCAAAUCAACAAGAUCAACAAGAACACCAUCGCCGGCUUCCAUGCUUUCUCAGCUCUGCUCAGGGACCUCAACGAGCGCAGCGCGGGUGACCUGGCAACCCUGGAUCUUGAGGCAGAGCGCCAAGCAGAAGCGGAGGAGAAGCGGAAGGCUGAAGAGGCGGAGAUCGAACGUAUGACAAGGCUGACGAUGCUUGCCGCUAGCGCUCUCACAGAGCAGACAGAUCAG